AUGGCUGCACGUAUUGCCGCUUUUCUCGGUGCUUUGCCCCUUGCGGUCUCAGUUACCAUCCCCGAUAGUGCCGCCACGAAGAUCCUUCACAAGGACGUUGUCAUUCUCGGCGGAGGCGCAUCCGGGUCUCAUGCCGCCAUCAGGCUUCGCGAGGACUACAACAAGACGAUUAUCGUCGUCGAGAAACAAGCCCGCAUCGGUGGCCAUGUCGCGACCUUCACUGACCCCGAGACGGGCAACAACUACGACUACGGCGUCAACUCCUACACUGAUUACACGGGCGCCCGCGAAUUCGUCGCGCGCCUCAACGUCUCGGUCGCGACGCCCGCCCGCCUGGCCCUGACUACCACCUACGCCGACUUCAAGACGGGCAAGCCGACAAACUACUCGCUGCCGGCCGCCGCAGACACCACGGCCGCCCUGAGGACCUACCUUACGCUCUGCGAGAGGUACGAGGAGAACCUCCUCCCUUCGUACGCCAAGUUCCCAAACGUCACCGAGGGCAUCCCGAAAGAUCUCACACUGCCAUUCAUUGACUUCGUCAAGAAGUACGCUAUCGAGGCCGCCGUCCCGCGCAUCUUCCAGGUCACUGGUCUGGGUAUGGAUGACUUCGCCCGCCAGUCGACGCUGUACGUCAUGCAGACCUUUGGCGCGCCCAUCACGCGGUCCUUCUUGGGAAUCGUAGGGUCGUUCGUCCCCGUUUCCAAGAGAAACUCUGACAUCUACGACGCCAUCGCUAGGCGUCUCGGUGACGACGUCAUGUACUCUUCCACCGCCAUUCAGACAGCCCGUUCUGACAACGGCGUCGAAGUCCUCGUCGAGAGUGCGGACAAAUCGCGUACCCUCAUCCGCGCCAAGAAGCUCCUCAUUUCUUUCGAGCCGACCCUGCACAACUUGGACGGAAUCGACAUCGACGAGGAGGAAACCUCUGUCUUUGAGAACUGGAGCUGGUCCACUGUCUACGCCGGCAUUGUCUCCCACCCGUCCCUGCCCAGGCUUGCCUCCUACACCAAUACCGCCCCCACCAGGUGGAUGUCUCUCCCGGAGCUCCCCUUCGUCGGCCGCUUCGACUACCUCGGCGACGACAACUAUCGCGUCCUGGUCAGCGGCCACAGAUACUUCAACAGCCGCGAGGCGCAGAAGCUCGUCGGGGAGUCACUAAAGCAGCUCGCCGCGGCCGGGACCGUUCCUGGCCUCGGUAACGGCGCUGUUCAGAUCAAGGCCUGGGCCGACCAUGGCGCCAUGCAGCUUCACUUUGAGAGGGAAUACCUCGAGGCAGGGGCAAUCGCUAAACUAUACGCGCUCCAGGGCCGCAGGAGCACCUACUUCACCGGCGGCGCGUGGUCUGCGCAGUUCACCACCAUCUUGUGGGAGACUAACAACCAAUACGUGCUGCCCAAGCUGUUGGCCGAGUUAAUAUAUGAGGCCAACAAGUGCAAAAUUCGGGUUGACAUGCUUACGAUAGCCGUUCUCAGUGUAUCCCAAAGAAUCCUCAGCGACUUGUGUGACAGAUCGCCCGCUGCCACCAAACACCGAGUGAUACAGCUUGCAGUCAACUUCGCCCGCACUCAAAACUUGCGCCUUGUGGUCAAAAAUACCGGUCACGACUUCAACGGCCGAUCUCUUGGGUCUGGUGCUCUGUCAAUCUGGACGAACAAGCUGAAAGGACUAGAGUUCUACAAAGAUUACAACACCACAAGUUACGCAGGGUCUGCAAUGAAGGUCGGCGCAGGGGUUCUUCCGUACGAACUUUACGAAGCUGCAGAUGUGCAUGGUGUUGUCGUGGUUGGUGGAGAGGGCAAGACUGUCGGCUUCGGGGGAGGCUACAUUGCCGGCGGCGGGCACUCCCCUGUCAGCCCAUUGUACGGUCUUGCUGCCGAUCAGGUCCUCAGCAUCGACGUCGUGACGCCUGAUGGUAGAUUCAUCACUGCGACUGAGAAAAAGAACACCGACUUGUUUUGGGCUCUGCGGGGAGGUGGCGGAGGCACCUUUGGUGUCGUGACAUCGUACGUCAUCAAAGCCCAUCUCAGCCUACCCGUCAUCUCUGUUGCCAGCUUCAGCUUCGGUAUCUACGAUCACUUACGAAACAUUUCGGGAGGCUACAUGACAGCAGAAGAGGCAAACGAGCUUACUGCGCCUCUUUUUGCAAAUUGCAAGGCUUUAGGCAUUAACGUUCAACCGAACUGGUCGGAACACGCGACGUUUCUCUCGGCGUGGACAGCCGGUUUCCCAGUUGAACCUGUCGGGUCUCACGGAAAUAAGAUGGCAUCACGCCUCUUUACUAAAGAGAACCUCAAUGAUCCUGCAAAUUUCAAUACGACUUAUGAGGCUUUGAAGGGCGUUUCAGAUAGAGGAGGAAGUUUGAUUGGGUUCGGUAUCACCGGUGGCCCCGGCCCUCACCCUGAUAACGCAGUUAAUCCUGCAUGGCGGGAUGCGGCCAUGUUCGUGAUCUCUUGGGUGACUUGGGAUGCAGAUACUUCGCUUGCACGUAUAGCCGAGCUGAACAAGAACCUAACAGAGCUUUAG